CUGGGAAUCCCAUUGUUACCCUACGACCGAAGAUUAUGAGCGCACACAGCAGGUGGCAAGUCUUUAGGGGGAAUAGCAAAGACCCUGCAGAUCUGCUCUUUACUGCUAAAACAUCUUCAAUUUUCCAACUGAGGACCAGAUUGAAUGUGUACUUAGCACAUAACACGACAGAGGAGGUGUGUGAUUUCAAGGUCGAAGGAAGCUGGCUUGAGAGAUCUUGUGUCAUUUAUGCUGGAGAUUCUUCGACGAUUGUUGCCCAAAUGCAUCAAAGAUACUCCGCUGAAAGCAUCUUGCUUGGAAAGGACAAGUUCAUGGUGACUGUGUAUCCUAACAUUGAUUAUGCCUUCAUUGUCUCCCUCAUCGUGAUUCUUGACGAUAUCAACAGUGAGGACGGUAGUUGAUUCGGCCCGUAAGUCAGGUCCCUUGCUGCUAGAACACUAGUACUUAAACCCACUUUUUACUGUGUGUUCUUAUUCGGUUCUAAGUUACAGUUACUUCUUAUCUUUGUUUAUUAAUACUUUGUAUACUUCAGUAUUUUUCCCUGGUACUGUUAGAUUACAUUUCAGAAAGUUGUUGUAU